AAAAUAUGAAUCUAUUAAUUAUUUUAUUAAUUUGUGUGUAUAUAUCAUUUAAUUAUAUUGAAUGUGUGGACAAAUGUCCGGCCGGUUGGGACAGAUAUGAUCCGCAACUAAAAUGUAUGAAAAUACUAACCGAUUCGUUUGCAACCUAUCCAAGCGCUUUAGAUAUGUGUGCAAAACAGGCACCGGGAGGUGGAUCAACACUAUGGACAAUACAUAGUCAGGAGGAACAGGACUAUUUCAAUAACUAUGUAUUCAAUCAACAUGGACUAGUCAAUUCAAUAUGGUUAGGUGGACAGGUUAGACAACAAGUGUUACACUGGUUGGAUAAUAGCCCAGUUAGCUAUACUAAUUGGGUAGAUGGUCGACCACAAAACAGCAAUAGUAUUACAUGUGUAGAAAUACAAUCGGAUGAUCAUACCCAGGGUAAAUGGUACGAUGCUAAUUGCAAUAAACGUAACCAGGUAGUUUGUCAAUUGAUGCAAUUAGUAGAGCCACCAACACCAGCACCUACACCAGCACCUACACCAGCACCUACACCAGCACCUACACCACCAACACCACCACCAAUUGAUAGUGAUUUGAAAAAAUCAAUAAUUGAAUUGAGAAAAUUUACAGAAUCUGAAUUAAGUAAAUUACAAUUGAAACUAGAUGAAAAUCAACAAAAUCAACAAGCUCAAUUAGAUAGUCAAUCAGUUAGACUAGAUAAUUUUGACAAAAAAAUUUCUAAAUAUACCGUUCCCUCAUCAUCAGUACCGCCUAUAGGUUUUAUCUAUAUACAAUUACCUGGCCAAAUUGAACCUGGUCAACUAUGGCCUGACCAGUACUACGAUCAACAACUACAACAACAACAACGUAUUAUAUGGCAAGAUAUUACCUAUCAAUACGCGGGUUUGUUUUUCCGGGCCGAAGGUCAAGGAUCGGAACCGUUUGGUCAGAUACAAGCGGCUAACCAAUCCAGUAGAUUGUCGACAAUCCGGACCAGAUCAUGCUAUACGGGUGACCAUGGUAGCGAAUGCGAUUGGUUUAUGACCGAAAUGCCAGAAUCGGGCGGCGGUUGGAGUCAGGAAUUUAUACGAAAAGAUUUUUCCAAUGAUAUGUAUUUCUAUAUGACUUCCGGUGAGAAUAGGCCCCGAAAUACAGCCAUCAGAAUAUUCAAACGUAUUUAGAUUA